AUGUUCCAGCCACCAACGAUCCCAAUAACUUUGGACGAGUUCCGAGGCUUUCGAAGUUUCACCAAACUGGCCACGUCGCCGAAUAAGGAACUCGUCAGACAGCUCCAUCAGGAAAUUUUGAAUGCGGCCGAAGAGAUGAAGGAUCGUCUGCCGAACAGUGUGUUCAGCGGACACACGGACCUCUACCGAGAGAUCGGAACGACCGUCUACAACAGAACCGGACACCCGAUUUCGGCAGACGCCAUCAAAAAAGUGCUGCAUCAAUACAAGAUGGAGGUGAAGACUAUUGCGCGCAGGGCGGGGGUGAGUUGAGAAGCGGUGUUUAUAAGUGUUCGAUAGUCUCCAAUUUGCAGAGAUGCUCGGCCGCUGAGCUCGACGAACUGAUCCGUCAAGAUCCGAUCACCGGCGGAAUGAACUGCUCGUUCUUGAACAAUAUCGGCGAGCACGGAUUCUUUACCGGGUAGGCCUCAUUUUUUUUUUAAAUGUUUCAUGAAGUUCUCUUGUAUUAUGUCUAGUAAGGUGCUCAAUUCUACGUAAUCGCUCUUGUCAGGUGUAUUUUGCACUCCCAACCAGAGUUGAGCGGAAGAACUCAACGGAAGAAUUUUUAUCUUUUUUAGAAAAUUUUUUCAUGAAAUGUGAUCAACUGACGAAAUGUAUAGCAAAGUGAACUGUGCUUAUAAAAAAAUAAUUUUAAAUUUAGCGUUUCAUACAAAAAAGUUAGGGCUAACGGAAGAACAACUCGAAUAACUUUUUUGUAUAAAAAGCUAAAUUUACAAUUAUUUUUCUAUGAGCACAGUUCACUUUGCUCUACAUUUCAUGAAAAAAAUUUCUAAAAAAGAUAAAAAUUCUUCCGCUCAACUCUGCUCCCAACUCGUACAAAUAUUAUAUUAAUAAAUUUAUUUCAGACCCAGACUGCUCGCCACAAUGGACAGAAUCGGAGACGCGCCACAAGGAGGAACGGCCAUCAUUCAAUCGCAUCAGCAAGAUUCGCCGCUCUAUGUGUCCCUGCAGGCGUUGCUGCGGCAGGCAACAAUGUAUGGCACUCUCUCAUAAAACACUAAAAUGAUCAAGAUUUCAGGUCGAUCGGAUUGAACCCCGGACUCACCGCCAACCGCCACGUCAAAGCCGAGUUCGUCGAGAAGCGGGCUCACGUACGUUCGAGCUGAAAUUCGAUGAAAUGUACCGUGUUUUCAGGCGCCUCUUCCAGCUGCGGCGAAUCGUGCAGACGUGCGAGGAUGUUCGAGCGGAGCCGUUGAGCCGGUCAAUUUUUUGCUAGUUUCUGGACAAUUUUUAAAUGUUUUUGCAGGAUCCGCAGUCGCCAGCGAUCCUGGAACAAGCGCGCCAAUCUCCGAUCGUGCAGAGGUGAGUGACACUGAAGAAUUCACAGCUACCACCUUUUUUUUUGAGAUCGGCAUCAAAGCGCCCGCACACCGAAGCAUCAACACCGCCGUCCCAGCAAAAGUAGGCCACAUCAGAUGAUUCUGUAGGAAAAAAACCAGUUUUUCAGUGUCGCCGCUCCAGCGAAACCAGAAUUGUCGGUCAAAAAGGAGCAAGACGACGAUUGCCAAAUAAUAGAAGUGAAAAAGGCGAGGAUUCAUCACUCGCGUUCGUGCUCGCCGACGAUUGGUGGUCCGGCCGUGAACGUCGAGACGUCCGCUGCUCAGGAGCCGGCUCCACCCAACAAAGAGUUUCUGACUGACGAGAUCCGACGCUUCAUCGCGUGUCCGAUCAACAUGAUCUGCGCACAAGAUCCAAAGUACGAGACGUUGCUCAGAGAGAUUCUCCGUGUUUUCCACGACGUUUGUCACUAUCCGGACGCAUGUAAUCGGCUCAUCGAAAUGAACCUGCGGACGGACGGUUCGGGACUUUUGGCGGCGUGUCGUCAGUGA